AUGAUCAGAAAUACAGAUUAUACAAACUUUGUUUGCUGUGCUUUUUGUAAUAAAAUAAUUCCACCAGCUCCUUUUGGAGAAACCUUCAAACGAAUCCAUGAUUACAAGCCGUUCAAGACACGCUUUUACACUCAUAAAGAUAUACUGGAGAUUGGGGCAAAUAUUCUGAAUAAAGAAGAGAGGUAUCAAGAAAUCUCAUUCAAAGAAAGGAUUGUAAAAGCAGAAGCUAAAGUAUGGAAUCAGGCUAAUGAACUCCAAAAACAAGCAGUGGAUAAAGUAUUUGAAGAUCUAACUGCCAAACAUAAAUUUGAAAUUCAGGUUCUGGAAGAGAAACAUCAGAAAGAUUUACAGGACAUGGAAGCUAAAACCAAGACAGAAAUGUUUCGAAACAUGAGUGAUGAAAUGAAGAGAGAAAACAUGGCUGCAGAACAACGCAUGGUGCACAGAAUCCAAAGAAUUAUGAUGGAGUGCCACAGGGAGAAGAUGGAGGCUGUGGAGAAAGCCAGGGAAGAAGAAAGACGGAUCGCUCAGGAUCUUUUAGAAGCCCAAAGAAGCAAGGCCAUGGAAGAACUCGUGAAUACUGGUGCAUCCAUCAUUAAGGACCAGAGGAUGAACUUUAACCAGAUAAUAAGAGAAAAGGAACAUGAAAUGAACAUCUACUAUGGCAUAGCUCAGAAACAAAAGCAAGAAGAGGCGCAGGAAGUGCUUCAGGAAGCUGAGAAAACAUACCAGGCCACUCUUGGUAAUGUGAUGGAUAAGCUGGUUAACACUCAGGGGGAGCUGCUGUCCAUAGUAAACCAACUGGGAAUCAUGACAAACUGGAAAGAUUUUCUGGAGGAGGAACUACAGGAAACCAGAGCAGCAUUUCAAAAAUACAUCGAUUAUACGUUUCCUCAGCUUUCACCAGGACAAGCCGAUUUUAUUAUGCCAAAAAGAAGGAAAACACCUUCCAAUCUUCUUAUGGACAAUGAAGCAACUCUUGAAUAGAGGUCUUUAGCUGAAAUGUCUCCACAUAAACAGCAUUCA